ACUGCUGAUUGGUUGAAAUCAGUUAAAACUCGGAAGGCUUCUGGAGGUUUCAGUUAAAUUAUCUUACGAAAGAAUAAAUAUGGCUGCGCCCUUGAGUUGACAAUUUUAUAAAGUUUGAUAAUGUCAUCGACUGAUGAAGCGAAAGAAAAGGAGAAAUCCAUCUUUUUCUGGAGAAACUGGGGAAGAAAAUGUGACAGAGUGAGGAAAGAAUUGUACGAAUGUGUGAUAGUUACAGACUGUUGUCAAAAGGAAAGGAAAACACCUAAAGAGUGCUUGAAAGAGAAACACCCCGACGUAGAACAUUGUCAGAGUCUAGUUUACUCCUUGUAUCGAUGUAAACAUGGCACUUUUGAUCGAAGGCAACAGUUUAGAGGGAUGUCUAAAGACUACUAGACUAAAAUGAAUCAUGUGAAUUGUGUGGAAUUGAAUGGAGUAGGCUGAGUGUGAAGUGUGAAUGAAAGUAACUAUAAUUCAUGUUAAUAUUGUGUGAUACUUUAAACAUUUUAUACAUGUACAUUGGAUAUACAAAAACUGAAGGAAACAUAAUAAAAAAUAAUAACUUCAAA